AGAGUAGAGGGGAAAUCCAUCAAUGUUGUACUUUUCAUCUCACUACAAAUUCUUCUCUCUCUCUCUCUCUCUUAUCUAAUCUUACUUUCACCCACAUUUUCGCUUUACUAUUUUAUUCUUCUUCUUUUACAUUUCGCACCUUUUAUUCAAUUCAUGUAUACCCCCAACUUUGAUUUUUUUGUUUACAUUCGAUAAAAGAAAAGUAAAGUUGCUUGCUCGUCGCAAUCAUAGUAUACAAGUAGAAGGGGUUUAAACAACACUUUUUGCUUUUUCUCUUUUAAUAAAUACUUUUAAGGGCAUUUGGAUCUAGAAGUGCUUUUAGAUUUUGGGGAUUCGUUUAACUAAUUAAUUGGGACCAGCUUCCUUAUAAAUUUCCACUAUUUUAGAUUCCACUAUUUGUUAAUGGUUUUUUCUAAGUAGCUAGUUGGUGUUGUUUCUCACAGGAAUUGGGUAUUGAUAGCUUAACUUGCAUAAAUAUAUGUUUGGCAUUUGAAUUGAGGUUUUAUAAGAAGCUUUGAGUUGUGAAGAUGUUAGAGAUUGGAGAAUUUUGACUCUGUGCUUCUCAGAGAUUCCACUCUGAUUGAUUGUUAGCUCAUCUAAUGAACGGGAGUUGCUUUGGGAUACAUGUUGAAGAAAAAUGAUUGAGCAAUUCAUCAAUUUCGUUAUUCGGCCUCCAAGGGCGGACUAUAACCCAGAUCAGUAUCUGUGGGAAAGGGAGUUCUCCCUUGCUGGUAGAACAUACCAAAGGCAGGAUUUGGAGCUCAAGAAUGCCAGAGGCUAUACCUUGAAGUGUAGUCAUUAUCUCCCUUCUCCUUUUCCUGAAGAUACUUCUCUUCCUUGUGUUAUAUAUUGCCAUGGAAACAGUGGAUGUCGGGCAGAUGCUAACGAAGCGGCUGUAAUUCUUCUUCCAUCAAAUAUUACUGUAUUUACCCUUGACUUCUUGGGGUCAGGCUUAUCUGAUGGAGACUAUGUUAGCCUUGGUUGGCAUGAAAAAGACGAUUUGAAGAUUGUGGUGUCGCAUUUGAGAAGCAACAAACAAAUAUCACGUAUAGGUUUAUGGGGACGAUCAAUGGGCGCAGUUACUAGCCUUCUUUAUGGAGCCGAAGACCCUUCUAUUGCUGGAAUGGUAUUAGAUAGUGCCUUUUCAAACUUAUAUAAUCUCAUGAUGGAGCUCGUGGAUGUUUAUAAAAUUCGGCUUCCAAAAUUCACUGUUAAAAUGGCUGUACAAUACAUGCGGCGGGUUAUUGAGAAGAAGGCAAAGUUUGACAUUAUGAAACUGAACUGUAUUCUGGUUGCACCAAAGACAUUCAUUCCUGUUUUAUUUGGACAUGCAAGCGAUGAGAAAUUCAUUCAGCCACGCCACUCUGAUCUCAUCUCUGAAUCUUAUGUAGGUGAUAAAAAUAUCAUAAAAUUUGAUGGCGACCACAACUCUUCCAGACCACAGUUCUUUUAUGAUUCAGUUUCCAUUUUCUUCUACAAUGUCCUCCGUCCUCCUCAAGUUUCUAUUGCUGAUAAGCUCGAGAAAUAUUAUGAUUUGGGGGAUUUGAAACUUGGUUCUGGUGUGGAUGAGAGCGUAUUAUAUGAGAUUCUCUCAAGUCUACGGUCAGCAACUACUGAUGCUGCAAGUUCAUCUUCUGCAUUUCCGACGGUUUCUGCCACAAAAUCAGUUACCGAACUUCUCUCAGAAGUUGGCCCCCUAACUGAUGUUGACCCCUUGUUUGGAGAAGAAACUAAGGAUGACAAUGAUGGAAUUGGCCAUGAUGAAGCCGCAGAUGUGCAGGUCAAGCUAAAUGGCCAUACUGAAGAUUGUUGCUCAUAUACAAGCUCAAAUAGAGAAAGUUGGGGCAGAUGUUCUUCUUUAGGAGGCAGUGAUCAAGAAUCUUGUGACAGUGAUACUUAUCUCUAUAUGUAUAGCAUAUAUAAAUAUAUAUUUGUAUAUUUAUGGCUAAUUUAUAUUUUGUCAUGCUUCAUAUUGUAUAUAAUGUCAGAACACUGUGAAGUUAAGAUGAUAAGAAGCACAGGAAGAAUAAAAAGAAGAAUAAAGCUGGAAAAGUUGAAAAGAAACCGAAGAGUGACACAUUUGAGAAGCUGGAGGCUCUUAGCAGACGAUUGCGGCUUUGCCUUCUAAAGGGAUCAACACAUCGAAGACAAAAGUCCUCUUGACCUCAUUUGUAUCAUAUCAAAAUCUUUAAAUAGUCAGUCAAUCUAAUUGUAAUGUUAUUACAAAAUCAAUUUCGUGUGUAGGUUGUGACUAGUUUAGUAGUAGGUUUUAUAUUUUAUUUUAGGAAUUGCCAAAUAUUGGUUUCUCGAUGGCUUCUUUUCACUGGUAUCAUUAUUUACUGACCCACACCUUUGCUGAGCAAGUGUUGCAAAAUAUGUAUCAGAACUUUUGUUAGUGAAUGGCAUGAUAUUUCUUUUUGAGCAA